AUGAGUUCUACUUCUAUUAGUAAUAACACUCCACUUUGUGAUAUUACUUCAUCAGUGUUAAACACAGUGAAUCAAAGUCUCAAACAUGGUGAACAAUCGAUUAACCACUCCAUAAUUAAAAAUAGGCCCAAUCAAUCAAAGAAUAGAAUCAAUAUUGCAGCGUUACAGGUUAACUUGACAAGCAAGUUUCACGCCGUCACCACAGUUAACUCCAACAGUGCUAUUCCUGAUUCAGAUGUAAUGCCCAGUUCUGUUGAAACUAAUUCAGAGAAUAAAAGGAAAAAAAUAGCUACUCAAUCUCAUCAUGCUGACAUUUCACAGGACUCUAAUAUUAAUUCAAGUAGUGAAGAAGAUCCGUAUGAGACUAGCACGGAUAGUGACACAGAUCAAGAUGAUGUUGUUGACUUCAAUUCAUUAACUGUUGCUAAUUCACCACAAGGUUAUUCGGACAUUGGUGAUCCUCUAUUUGAAUGUCAAUCAUGUGGAGCUGAAAUGUGGUAUCAAGAGAGACGCGCAAAAUCUAGAGAUACCUUACAACCAUCUUUCCAAAUUUGUUGUGGUAAUGGAAAAGUUCAAUUACCAUUGCUAAAACAUCCACCUGAAUGCUUGCAAAAACUAUUGUUUGAUCAUAAGUCCACACAGAGUAAGAGCUUCCAACAAAAUAUUAGGAUGUACAAUUCGAUGUUUUCCUUCACGUCACCUGGAAUGAACUUUGAUACCAAAACUAACAAAAAGGGUAAAGGUCCACCAGUACUUAGGUUACAAGGACAACCAUGUCAUCGAAUCGGAAGCAUGUUGCCAAAAGAUGGUGACAUUCCAAAGUAUGCCCAGCUGUACAUUUAUGAUACCGACAAUGAAGUCGCCAAUCGAAUACAGAGUUGUGGUAACAACAAAUCCAUUGAUCCUGCUACUGUGACAAACUUGGCCUUAAUGCUUGAUCAACACAAUGUCCAUGCUAAAGUUUUCCGAAUGGCAAGAGAUAAACUGAAGAAAGGAAAUGUCAAUGAGUUUAAAUUGAGACUAAUUCAUGAUAGAAAGACAGAUGGAAGGAUAUACAAUCAUCCGACUGUUUCUGAAGUUGCGGCUCUCAUUGUUGGCGAUGUUGAUGCUGGAGAUACAAGAGAUAUAAUAAUUGAAGAGCGUAGUGGCAAACUUGAAAGAAUCAAUGAAUUCCAUUCUGCUUACCUUGCAUAUCAAUAUCCGUUAAUCUUUCCAUAUGGAGAGGAUGGAUAUAGACGUGGAACACUACAUAAAGAAAGGCCUGGUGUCGUCAUUACAAGGAGAAAUCGACUGACCAUAAUGGAUUGGCUAUCGUUUCGAAUACAAAUGAGAAAAUUAGAAGCUCAAACUCUAAUCUCCUCCAGAAGACUUUUCCAACAAUUUUUAGUUGAUGGUUUCACAAUGAUGGAGGGUGAAAGAUUGUCAUUCAUAAGAAACAAUCAGUCUACCCUUAGAGUAUCUAAAUAUCAAAAACUUCAUUCUGCCGAAGGUACUGAUGGAAAAACUGGUAAAAGAGUUGUGUUGCCUUCGACUUUCGUUGGAAGCAAAAGAUACAUGGAUCAGUUAUAUUUUGAUGGUAUGGCCAUAUCUGCAGCAGUUGGUUUUCCUGAUUUAUUCAUCACGUUUACCUGCAAUCCAAAUUGGCCAGAAAUUAUUAGAUUGCUCAAAAGCAAAAAUUUAAAACCUCAUGAUCGUCCAGACAUCAUAUCAAGAGUUUUUAAAAUCAAAUUUAAUGAGUUGCUGAAGGAUCUUACAAAAAAUCAUGUGUUAGGAAGAGUAAUUGCACAUUUAUACACUAUUGAAUUUCAAAAAAGAGGUUUGCCACAUGCUCACAUUCUACUAUUCCUUCAUCCAUCCAGCAAGUUUCCAACCCCUGAUGAUAUUAACACAAUAAUCUCAGCUGAAAUUCCAGAUCCAGAAACACAACAAGAAUUGCAUCAAUUAGUCAAAAAUCACAUGAUUCAUGGACCUUGUGGUACAUCACAUACCUCUGCUCCUUGCAUGCAACAAACUGGAAAGUGUUCAAAGUACUAUCCCAAAAAUUUUGAACCAAAAACUGUUGUUGAUCAAGAUGGAUAUCCAGUUUAUAGAAGAAGAACAGAUGGUCACACUAUAUCAAAAAGUGGAGUAACAAUGGACAAUAGGAAUGUUGUACCUUACAAUGCUUUUUUGUUAUUGAAAUAUCAAGCACACAUAAACAUGGAAUGGUGUAACCAAUGUACCUCAAUCAAAUAUCUGUUCAAAUAUAUCCACAAGGGGUAUGAUCGGAUCACAGCAUCUAUUUCUCGGUCAAUUAAGCACAAAAGUUCUAAGAAUGAAGAAAUUGAUGAAGUGAAAGAAUACAUUGAUUGCCGGUAUGUGUCUCCAUGUGAGGCAUGUUGGAGAAUUUUUUCUUUUCCUAUCCAUGGCAGAAGACCUGCAGUUGAAAGAUUAUUCUAUCACUUAGAAGGCCAGAAUUCUGUUUAUUUUCAAGAUUAUGAAAAUCUUGAUGAUGUUCUUCUUAAACCAAGUGUCACUGAAUCAAUGUUUACAUCAUGGUUAGAAGCAAACAAAAUAUUCCCAGAAGCAAGAACUCUAACAUAUGGUCAAUUUGUCUCCAAGUUUGUUUAUGUCAAGAAGUUAAGAAAGUGGAAGCCAAGAAAAAGAGGAUACACAAUUGGAAGACUAAUUUGGGUUCCUCCGAGUACAGGUGAACUAUAUUAUUUUAGAAUGAUGUUAACAGUUAUAAAGGGACCUACAUGUUAUGAUGAUAUCAAAAAAAUUGGGGACACGCAAUAUUUUAGUUACAGAGAUGCUUGCUUUGCCAUGGGAUUUCUUGAAGACGAUAGGGAAUAUAUUCAUGCCAUUAUGGAAGCUAAAGAUUGGGGUUCAGGUCAUUUUUUGAGAAAGCUAUUUGUCAUUAUGCUACUUGGAAACACAAUGAAUCGUCCUAGACAUGUGUGGGAUGAAUCUAAAAAAUGGCUAUCAGAUGGUAUCCUUCAUCGCCAACGCAUCAUUGCCAACAAUAGAGCAUUACAGUUGACUGAUGAACAGAUUGAAAAUUUAACUCUAAUUGAGAUUGAAAAAUACUUAGAAGCCAAUAGGAAAAGCUUGGCAGAUUUUCCAUGUCUUCCAUUUCCAAAAGACUAUGUAACAGCAGAAUUGGGAAAUAGACUCAUAUACGAUGAGCUCAACUACGAUGUUCAAGAACAAACAGAGGAAUUUCAAAAAUUGUAUCAGUCACUUACAGAUGAACAGAGAGGCAUAUACCACACAAUAAUGAAGGCAGUGAGAAAACAACAAGGAGGAGUUUUUUUCUUACAUGGUUAUGGAGGAACAGGUAAAACAUUUAUGUGGAGAACCCUUGCUUCGUCCCUCAGAUCAAAAUCAGAAAUUGUUCUCACAACAGCCAGCAGUGGAAUAGCAUCACUUUUAUUACCUGGUGGAAGAACCGCACAUUCAAAGUUCAAAAUACCUGUUCCAACUUUAGAGAAUGCUACGUGCAACAUAGAACACGAUGAUGAUCAUGCAAAACUUCUAAAACAAACCAAACUCAUCAUCUGGGAUGAAGCUCCAAUGGCACACAGGUAUACUUUUGAAGCAUUGGAAAGAACACUGAGGGAUGUAAUGAGUUCCUUUUCUAACAGUAAUAGAAUUUUUGGUGGAAAGGUUAUAGUUUUUGGAGGAGACUUUAGACAAAUACUUCCCGUGGUUCCAAGAGGAUGUCGCUCAGAUAUUGUCCAUGCUACCAUAAAUUCCUCAAAAAUUUGGGACCAUUGUAAAGUCUUGACUUUAACUCAAAAUAUGAGGUUGAAAAGCAAUGGAAAUAAUCAAGAUAUAGCCAAUUUCUCUAAGUGGUUAUUAAAAGUAGGAGAAGGCAGACUCUCAGAACCAAACGAUGGUUAUGCAGACAUAGAAAUUCCAAAGGAAUUGUUGAUUAUCGAUUAUGAUGAUCCUAUUCCUGCCAUUGUUAAAAGUACUUAUCCAAACUUUGUUGCUAAAUACAAAUGUCCACAAUUUCUUCAAGCAAGAGCAAUUCUAGCAUCCACAAUUGAAGUUGUUGAACAGAUUAAUACAUAUGUGUUGAGUUUGAUACCAGGAGAAACUCAAGAUUUUUAUAGCUGCGACUCAAUUGAUCGUUCAGACAUCAAUGAUUGUGAAAUUUUUGAGACACUCACACCUGAAUUUCUAAAUUCACUUAGAACUUCUGGGUUACCAAAUCACAAAAUCAGCUUGAAAAUUGGAACACCAAUCAUGCUUAUGAGGAAUCUUAAUCAGGCUGAUGGCUUAUGUAAUGGUACUAGGUUGAUAGUAACAAAACUUGCAAAUCAUGUAAUCGAGGCCAAAAUAAUAAGUGGAAAAUAUCUUGGUAACACUAUGUAUAUUCCACGUAUGAAAAUGUCACCAUCACAAUCACCAUGGCCAUUUAAGCUAAACAGAAUACAAUUCCCAAUUAUAGUUUCAUAUGCAAUGACCAUCAAUAAAUCACAAGGUCAGUCAUUGGAUUAUGUUGGACUAUACUUACCAAAGGAUGUUUUUAGCCAUGGUCAAUUGUAUGUGGCAAUGUCAAGGGUUACUACCAAAGAAGGUUUGAAGAUAUUGAUUUACGAUAAAGAAAAAAGAAACGAAAAGGUUGUCCCAACUUCAACUACUAAUGUGGUUUUCAAGGAGGUUUUUGAAAAUUUGUAG